AUGACGAAUAUACUCCCGCAAGAGCUCAUCACCGAAAUACUUUCUCUACUGCUCGUCAAACCUCUGCUGCGUUUUCAAUGCGUUUCCAAGGCAUGGUUUGUUGUAAUCAACGACCCAGAUUUCAUCAAGAUGCACCUCAAUCGCUCCAUUGAGACCAACCGAGAACGCGCUCUCAUUGCAGAUGCAAACAACCAACGGUUCAGCGAGCCAGUGCAGAUCUACCGGCCAUUCAACCAUCCAACAAAUACGUUCAUUAAAAUUGUAGGCCAUUGCAACGGCCUGGUUUGCCUCCAUAUCUGUCCCUUUUGUUGCUCCAAUAUUGAAGAAAGAAACAUAUAUCCCAAUGAGAUAGUGAUUUGGAAUCCAUUGAUCAGAAAAUACAAAAAGUUACCCUUUAAGCCCAUAGAAAUUCCUGAUGAUUAUGUGUUCAAAGUAGCAUUUGGGUAUGACCAAAUCAACGACGACUACAAGGUUGUAAGGAUUUUGAAGCCCCAGCCACAUCUUGCACGUGUCGCCGAAGUUGGUCAUCUUGUAUAUAGUCUUAGAGGAAAUUCUUGGAGAAGGGUGGAAGACAAAUGGCCUCGCAAGGAUUUGUAUUUGCAUAUGCAUUGCUCGGCUUCCUUGAACGGUGCUUUGCAUUGGGUGGCUGAUCGGAGUGGGUUAACAAGUGCCAUUAUCGCAUUCGAUCUCAGCACCGAGAAAUUUCGAGUGCAUGCACUUCCGAUUAAAAGUAAAUCUUGCGCAUUCGAAUACAAUACACAUUUGGUGGUCUUGGGAGGAUGCCUGUGUGUUUGGGAGGCUAAUUGUGAACAAUUUUUUGACGUUUGGGUGAUGAAGGAGUACGGGGUGGCGGCGAGCAAUUGGACACGGCUUUAUAGGUUGCCGCAUAGUCCACAACAAACUCCUUCCUACUCCAAGCCUUUAGCCCUCUCAAACAAUGGCGAAGAGGUUUUGAUGCAUGAGUUUUCAGGGAAACUUUAUUGUUAUAACACAAAAAAGAAAAGAAGCAGGAUUGUCGAGAUUCAGAAAAGGAUCGAAAAAUGCGAGUUGAACCUUCUUGUUGUGGGAAGCCUCCUUCUCCUUGAUGGGAUGAUAGAAUUAGAGAUUGGAUGA